AUGAUAAAAAAAAAGAUUAAAAGAAAAAGGAACCUUAAAACAUCUUUUAAAAAUAAUUCAAAUUAUGAUAAGGAAAAAAAUAAUUUUUUGGUUCGUGAACAAACUAAUAAUAGUAAUUUAAUGCAUGAGAGAAACAUACAUAAAAAUAAUUUUAUCAAUUUUGAAGAAUUAAGUAAAAAAUAUACUUUUUUAAAUAUUUUUUUAUACAAAAAUAAAAGAGGGAAAAUAUCUUAUGAUUUUGAAAAAUCAAUGGCCAUAUAUUUUUUAAGUAAAGCUAUAUUAAAACAAUAUUACGAUAUUAAUUUUUACUUACCUUAUGUUCAUAAAAUUGAUUCUCUUUUUGAUAAACUUUCAUCAGAUCAAAUUAUUGAACAAAUAUUUAUAAAUCCUAAAGAAAUAAAUAAUUUUAAACAACUUAUUUUAGAUGCUUAUAACGAGCACAAUAACACCUUAUUAAACCUGAAAAAUAUAAAUAAACAAAAUAUAUUAAAUGAAUUAAAUAUUAACUUAACAAAUCAAAAUGAAAACACUCAAAGAGAAAAUGAUAAGAGAAAUUUCUUAUGCCCAUGCAUUCCUGGGAGAGUAAAUUACAUUCAUUUUUUAGCUGAUCUAACAAGUUUAAGAAAUUUAGACAAAUUUUCAAAAGAAAAUGAACAUUUUGAAAAUUCUGAAAAAAUCAAAAUGUAUGAAAGCACUAGAAAAAAUAAUUCAAAAAUAUUAUAUGGUAAUAUAAUAAAGGUUUUAGAUAUAGGAGUGGGUGCUAAUUGCAUAUAUCCACUUUUAGGAAAUCGUAUUUAUGAAUGGGCAUUUAUUGGUGUAGAUAUAAAUAUGGAAUGCUUAAAAAUUUCUCAUAUAAAUAUUUUAGUAAAUAAUAAAGAAAAAGAUAUAAAAUUGAAAUAUCAAAAAGACAGGAAUAAAAUAUUUUUAAAUGUGGUUAAUGAUACAGAUUUAUUUUUUUUUUCCAUGUGUAAUCCUCCAUUUUAUAGUAUAUUGGAAGAAGUUAAUAGAAACCCUUUUAGAAUUUUAGAAGCUAAUAUAGAUGAAGUUGUUUAUUUUGAUGAAGAAAAUAUAUAUAAGGAAAAAGAUAAUUUAAUGAGUAACAAUAAUACAGAUGAGCACAAUUUACAAGAUAAUACAAGGAAUGAUAUUUUUUCUAAUUAUUUUUGUUUAAAUAAAAAAGAAUAUUUGAACAAUAAUAAAGAAAGUAAAUGUGUAAUUGAAAAUAUUAAUGAAAAUGAAAUUCAAAACAUAAAUGAAAGAGAAAAUAAAUGUUUUAAUAAAAAUAUAUAUUUUAAUGAUACUGCAAAAAGAUGUGAAGAAACACAGAAUAUAGUAAAUUGUAAGAAUGCAGGAGGAGAAUAUAAUUUUAUUUUAAAAAUGAUUAAUGAAAGUAAUUAUUACUUUUACAAUAUUAUAUGGUUUAGUACAUUAGUAUCAAAGUUUAAAAAUGUUAAAUUAAUAAAAAAUGAAAUAAUAAAAUCAAUGAGGCUAUAUAAUAUCUAUAGUAAAAAUCAAGUUUCUUUUUUGAAUGAAAUCAUAAAUAAUAACAUACAUUUUGAUAAUUUUUUUUAUCUUCAAAAUAUAAAAACUGUUGAAUUUCCUAUAUAUAUUUCUCAAUAUAGAAUUUUUAAAUCUUAUAGUGGGAAAAUAAUUAGAUGGAUAAUUUGUUGGUCAUAUUAUAAUGAACAACAAAUUGAUAAUUUAAAAAAAUUAUUUUAUGAUAAAAUUUCAAAAAUGAAAACGAAAAUAGCAUGUUAA